AUGGCACCCCAACAACGGAUGCAAAUCCCGGGGUUCUACUACGACGAAGAGAAGGGAAAGUACUUCAAGAUCGAAAAGGCGCAGAGCGCGCCGCAGAACGCCGCCUGGUCCGCCGACAGCGUCAAGCGCCGCAAGAUCCAGCACCGCGAGGCCGAGGCCGUCGCCGCCCGCCGCGAGCGCCUGAGGCGGCACAUCGUCCGCUCCGCCGUCCUCCGGGACCCGCUCACGGGGGGCUUCCUGGAGGCCGAGCUGGGGGUCUCGCGGCGGGAGAGGAAGUGGAGGGCCGGCGCGGGCGGGGAGUUCGGGGUCGAGGACGUGCCGGCCGUUGCGUGGGCGAGGGGCGUGGCGGAGAAGGGGGAGGUGCCGUUCGUCCCGAGCUUCGCGAGGGCGAGGUUUCCUAACAUCCCGUGUUUCUAUGUCGGGGGCGAGGACGAGAAGACGGGGCUUGGGGUUGCGUAUGCCACUGUUGAUGAGGAGAUCUUGAUCGGAUCUUAUAUCCCCACGGACGAAAACGACAGGAUUUCGUUCAGUACGGACUCGUCAGGUCGUCCAGAACGUCGUCUGUCACACCGCCAUGAAAUGUUCGGCUGCCCGCAAAUAUCAUCGAUAAACUACCACUCACACUCCAACCGCAUGAUCAUCACCUCCCGCGAACCGAGUAACACCUGCGACCUGUUCCUCUUCUCCCCUCCAAAAUCCGCUCCAGACGAUGACAGACCACUCUGGCUGCUGGAUCGAGUCAACAACAUCCGCCACAUAGCCUUCAACACAGGCCGCCGCGAAGGCGUCGUAAACCAAACGACCCCGGCCCCGCCCUCCUCCUCCUCCAUGGCCUGCGUCAUCGGCACGAGCUACGGCCUCCUCAAGCUCACCACGGACGAGCGCAUCCACUGGCUCGGCCCGCAGCGGCCCCGCCCGGGCCCCGCCGAGGGCGACUUCCUCGACAUGUCCUUCCUCCCGGGGAGCUCCCCGGACGUGCUGCUGGCGGGCGGCCGCAACCGCGACGUGAAGCUGAUCGACACGCGCGUGCGCUGGUCCGAGUGGGACGCGGUGUCCUCCGCGGGGCCCCUGGCGCGUCUCGAGGCCGUCAACGCGCACCAGUUCGUGACGGCGGGCCCGCGGUCGCGGAUGGCCGUGUUCGACAUCCGGUUCCGCCGGUCGAGGCCGAACGGGGCCGGGGCCGUGGUCGAGUUUGCCGGGUACCGGAAUGAGGCGCACAUGCACAUCGGGUUCGACGUCGACGUGGAGGCCGGGAUCGUGUCGGCGGCGGGGGAUGAGGGGGGCGUCGGGGUGUAUUCGCUGCUGUCGGGGCGGAGGCUGAGGUGUCCUGCGCUCGACGCAGUGAAGGCGAGGACGCCGGUGAAGUGUUUGAGGUUUGAGAGGAUGCCGGGGCGGAGGCAUAAGAGUUUGUUCGUGGGGGUUGGGCCGAAUUUGAGGAUGUUUUCUGUUGGGAGGGCGGGGGAGGAUGAGGAGUCCUAG